UUCAUCAUCAAAGAAUAGAAGGGAAAAAGAGAUGAUGCUAUAGAAAAUGUACUCUGGAGCUUCGUAUUCGUAUGAAAAUUCUUAAAAAAAAAUUUAUUACGUUUUUAUUUACAAAAAAAAAUAAAAUAAGAAUGUGAUCAAGAAAUUGUAAAAAUAUAUACACAAAAAAGAAAAUAAUGUGUGAAUUAAAUUUGAUAUUUAUCAACAAUUUAGUAAAAUAUUACAUUUUAUCAAAUAAUAACAACACCAAAUGUCUCUGCAAGGAGUAAUGAUGACAAUGAGAAGAAGAAGACGAAUACGACGACGUGAAAUGCCAGACUGAUAAUAUUAUGGACCCAGAGUAGUGUUCAAAAUAGAUAGUUAAAUAGUUAGAAUACAGGAGGAAUAGUUAAUGAAUUAACUAUAAAAAAAAAAUAAAAAAAGAAAAAAUCUUCUAAAAUUAUAAAUAUAAUUACAUGUGUCAAGAAAAUGAGUCACGCGCAACAACAUGUACUUGCCAGUGCAAUAGUUCUUGCUCUAUUAGUGGUAUUUGGUAUCCACGUCUUCCUUUUUCCAAUGUACACAUCAAAUCCAGCAACAAGGCGUACGAAAAUCUCAGUUUAUGAGCAAGCUUUAUGCCACACAAAUUUAAGGCCAAAUAAAAAUUCACUACAAAGUAAAACACCAUGUUUAAAAUAUGGUAUUGUUUCCGCUGUACAAGGUGGUAGAUUAGGAAAUCAAAUUUGGGAAUACGUUUCCGUUUGGGCUACAGCAAGAAAAACAGGUCUAGAACCAUAUGUUCCAAGAUGUAUUUUAAAAACAUUGGAAGAACAUUUUGAAAAUCUCAGUAUACCGCCUUUGAGUAACAUUGGACAUUGUACGAUAAGUGUUGAUCAAAUUGUUAAUUCUCUCGGUGAAUGGAACAGUACCGAACAGAACAUCAUAAUACCAAGACACGCGGCCUAUUGGUCACCAAAUCCAAUUUGGUUGGAUGACUUGCGUCGUGAAUUUAAAUUUAAAUUUAAAUAUCGGUCCUAUGCACAAAUGGUAUUAACAAAGGCAGCAUUAAAAUAUGAUUUGACCAAUGCCACAUAUAUCAGUGUUCAUGUACGUAGAACCGAUUAUAUUGAAUAUUUAUGGCAAAAAUUUAAAGUUCGACCAGCACCCGUUAAAUAUUAUUUAAAUGCAAUGGAUUAUUUUUUAAAUAAAUAUAAAAAUGCAAUUUUUUUAGUUGCCAGUGACAAUAUUGACUGGUGUAAAUAUAAUUUAAAAACUCCUCGUCAUAGAAUAAUAUUUAUUUCCGAUACAAAUGGCAAAGGACCUGGUUUUGAUCUCGCUGUUUUAUGUGCCUGUAAUCAUAGUGUUAUUGAUUAUGGAACAUAUGGUUCUUUUGCCGCUAUUCUUGUUGGUGGAGAAACAAUUGUUUUUAAUGUAAGCGCUCAUUUUUCUACUCUUAUUGCCGAGGCAUUACCCAAUUGGAUGAUUUAUUAGAAAAAAAAAAUUAUUACACUACGGGCAUAGGGUAUAUAACACUGAUUCAUAUUGACAAUCUCUAAAAUAGUUAUGUUUAAAAAAAAAAAAUGCUAAAUUGCAUUUCAAAAUCUUUAGUUUUUAUUCUAUAAAUACCAAAAAAAAAAAAACUAAA